UCUCAAUUGGUCCUUAUUGGACCGACAGAUUUAUUAGUACGGAACAAUACAAACAAACGAAGAUCCGCCAUCCGGCUCCGCUUAUGUGAUAGCCCGGCCCAACACUACAACUGCCUCUCGGCCCUCUCCUCGGCGACGCCACUACUCCUGCCUCACGCCGCCGCUCAAACCGCAGAAGAGAGAAGAGAAGCACGCCCAAAAAUUCCGAGGUUUUCACCUCUUGGAGCGCACCAACACCACCCGGAGACCGGAGCGACUCGCCACCGGCGCGGAAAAGGAGGGCGGAGGCUCGAUGGCGGAUGAGAAUGCUGGAAAGAAAGAGGAGGAGGAAUUUAGCACAGGCCCUCUGUCAGUCCUAAUGAUGAGUGUUAAGAACAACACCCAGGUCCUCAUCAAUUGCCGCAACAACAAGAAGCUGCUUGGCCGUGUUCGUGCUUUUGAUCGCCACUGUAACAUGGUGCUCGAGAACGUGCGUGAGAUGUGGACAGAGAUCCCCAAGACUGGCAAGGGCAAAAAGAAGGCUCUGCCUGUGAACAAGGAUAGAUUCAUCAGUAAGAUGUUCCUCAGGGGCGACUCGGUCAUCAUAGUGCUGAGGAACCCGAAGUGAUCGCCCAACCAGUCACCUUGCAGCAGUUAUGCCCCUUCUCUGGGUUCACGGAAUCCGUGCCUCUGUUGAAAAAAACUGUAGCUUAUGUAUGUCUUGGCGGAUUAGCUGGUUAUCUUGAACUGACGUUCAUGUGACAUGGCAAUGGCACAUGAACAUACGUUUCAUGAGUUUGGUUGUUAAUUGGCGCUUGCAGUACUUUGAUCCCUGAAUGUUGAGAUUGCACUUCUGCUUA